AUGACUUCUCCAACUGUUCCUUCGUCUCAUAGAUUUCUAACAUUAGAUGGCUUGAUGCCAUCAACUAUCUAUGAUAAAGGUGACACGGAGAUGGACACGUCAGAAGAAAUGGAAGAAAUCAGGGAACUUCUAUACGAAAUGAUCCAGAAGAACUUUUCCAUGGGAGUAUCUUCGACACACUUGGCAGAGAAAUAUCAGGAAGAAUAUGUCAACAAGGGUUUAGGAAGAGAAUUACCUACCGAUUGGCUGGAACAGGUGCUAAUUUCCUUUUUGACAGAGGAAUUUGAAGCUCAAACAAGGGGACCUUUGACCAUACUGUUUGUUCGUCUGUCGAACACCAGUUCUUUCAAAAGACCUCCUAUUCCGCUCACAAACGUCAGAAUUAUCUCGUCAAGCUCCAAGAAUGAAAAUCCCGAUCUGAUAAAGAGGAGAAAGGAUAAAUACCCUUUAGUUCAUUCAGAGACUCUUUCGACCAUUUCGGAAUCUCUUACUCCUCGUUGCGAAGUACAUGUUGUGGCUUUUGAGAGUACUGAAGACUUUUACAUUAGAGCUGUCAAGGAUGAAAAGAAAUUCUGCGAUAUAAAAGAAACUCUGGCUGAUUUUUUCUCCAAAGAUGAGAAUGAAAACAGAGUUCAAAUUUAUGAGAUCUUAUCUGGUGGGGCCUACGCUUUAUGUGAUGCGGGAGGAGAAUGGUUUCGGAUAAUCGCUGAGGAGUUGCCGCGUAAUGGAACUUUAAAAUGUUUUUUCUCCGACGUCGGUGUCAAGGGAACUUUCCCAGUGAGAGAUGUUCGGCUCUUACCUGAUCCUAGUUCUACCAUAAUGCAAACUCCUGCAUUGGCUAAGAGAGUUGCCAUGGGAUUCUCUUCAUCCGAAGUUGGAACAGAAACUGAUCAAAUUGUCCGUGAAAUUUUUUUCGAGAACGAUCCUUCAGGCAAUUUAGUCCCUGUCACGAUCUUGUUUUCAUCAGCCGAUAAUUCAAGUAAGAUUGAUCAUCAGACUAUUGAUUUAUGGACUGUGGAUAGUCGAGCUAUCAAGGAAGAGGUUCUCAAUCGACUUUCCGGAGAUGCUAACGGCAAUACAAAGAACAGUAUCAUCUCUCGAGCUUCAACUGUCGUGUCUCCAUCGAAUGUAUGUGUGUUUAGCGGCGAUGCGGAUAUUACGCCAAUGGAAAUUUCACAAAUGCCUGUUGGUAUAUUUCCAGCAAAUGCCUUAUUUGCUGCUGGCCCCAUGGAUAUUAGUCUACGUCAAGUUUCUUUGGACCCGAUGCCGGACUAUAUGUAUAAUAAAUUGGCAGAAGAGUGUUUGCUGCCCGAUUCUCAGUUAACGGAAAAUCCCCAAGCGGGUUUAUUCUAUGCCGCGAAGAUCGACGGUCGAUGGGAACGAGUUCAAUGUAUCCGACCUUCCAAAAUUGAUUUGAUGGCAUUCUGUGUAUAUUUGAUAGACGUAGGAGCUUUCCAUUACGUGAGGAGAGAUUCAAUCAGAAAAUUGAAUGGUAAAACUCCCUUCAGAAAGAUGUUGAUGUUCAAAUGCAAGUUAUCGGGUAUUCAGCCAGUUGGAGGAGUUGAUGUGUGGAGCCGAGAAACUCAUGAAGCAGUUCGCGAAUUUUUCGAAGCCGGACUUGGCGAUCCCGUUUUGGUGAAUCCAUUGCCCAAUGGAUGGAGUGAAUGGAAGCAAUUGAAUGCGCCGGCAGUUCCUCUUGUAGAGGCUCGUCUUUCGUGUUGUGGACGAGAUCUUGCCGAUUGGUUGAUUUCAUGUGGACUGGCUAUGCCCAUUUCUCAUGAAAAGCAUUAA